CUAUUUUAUAAAAUUUUCUUAGUGUGUUAAUUGUUCUUUUAGUUUAGCUUUUUCUUGUUUAUUUUUAAAAUCUGGUAUCUAGCAUUGACCUUUCUUAGUGACUUUUAUUUGAAUUAUCUUUGUGCUUUAGAGACAUAGGAAUUUGGGUCUAUUAUCCCUUUUCUGAGCGAACAACUCCCAGUAGUUACAGUUAGUGCAAUAGAAAGGGUUCUCACAGAUGCAGUGCUGGGCGUUGAAACUCCUUGUUGGUGCUUACGGUUUACACCCAGAACUCCCAUUAGUGUUAAUAGGAGGCACUUCCUUAAAUCCCUGUACACCAAAAUAAGCUAAAACUCUUUUAUAAUGCCUUAUAGAUACCUGAAUUGUUUUUUGUUGUUAAUGACAAGAGUUUUAGUCCUGAGGUUAACUGAUUAUUAAGAUAGAGUUUGAGUUGUCUUGGGAUAUGGAGCGAUUUACUAAGUCUGAUCUAUAAUUAAGAAGUUUUCGUUGUGAUAAUUAGAGUCAGAAAACAGCUUUGUGAGAGCCAUGGAAGCUUGUGAAUAAGAAUUUUUGUACUUUAUAGAGUGAGGAAGCAAGCUUUCUUCUUUCUAUUUAUUUCUGCUAUUCUCAACCAUAAAAAAUGGUUCUAACAGUUUUUGUAUAUAUUGUAAGAAGACUUAGAAAAAUUUUUUUGUUUUUUAUUUUACUUAAAAGCCUUUCUGUAAUUACCCUCUGGCCUCAAAGUCUUUUAUUAGCUAGUGUGGCUCACAUUUCAAGCAUAUAGAAGUUAAUAUGCACUGUUUUAGAACUUAGACACUACAACCACUGGUCAAGUAAUAGAUAAUCAGUGAUUACUACACCCAUCUGUGAAUUGUGGAUUUUUAUUACUUUCAUUUAUUUAUGUACAGUCUAAUGGAAAGAUUCCUAGAUUGAGAGCAAUGAAUCUGGGUUUUAGGCUGAGCUUUGCCUAUCAUUAUCUUUGUAGAUUUUAGCUAGUCAUCUGGACUUCUUGGACCUCUGUUCCUCUGUGAAAUGAAGGUAUGAUCUGCCCUCUGAGGUGUCCAUUCUAGUUUUAGGCUGUUUGAAGGCCUACUUUCCUAGGUACUGAAGGAAGCAGAGUACUGUAAGGCAGGCAGUGGUUUCUAAUCCUGGCUCCCUAUUAGAAUCUUUUGGGGGAACUUAAAUACAGAUCUAUGGGUUCUAAAUAAGACAUAAUAUAUUCAAUAUCUUUAAGGGUAGGGCCUGUGAACCUCUAUUUUUUGAAGUUGUAUGUGUUAUCCUAAUCUAGGAUUGAGAACUACUUGUACAAGGUAUUCUAUUCUUUUGUGUAUGUGUGUGUUCUAGUUAGGGAGAUGUCAUAUAGGUUAGAUUAAAAUGUGAGGCAGUGUGUGGUUAAAUUUGAAAAUGAAUGAGAAAGAGGAUAAACACUUUAGGAGUUUAAACAAAGGAAGAAUUGGGAAUUAGGAUGGUUUGAGCAGAUCUCUGUUAAUCAGCGAGUCUUUGUCUGGACCCUAGUGCGUGGGUGAGAUUUGGAUAGUUAGAGAGAGGGUAAAAAGGUAUUAUUAUUCUUGUUAUAAGGAAGAUCAUAAGUAAAAGUUGGGGAGCAGAACAAUUCUGAUGAUAGUUUUAGUCUUUAUUUUAGUAUUCUUUUGCUCCUGAAACUGCUGUAGAUGUCCUCAAUAAUUUGAGGGAGUGAGCCAUGAAGAUAUUUGGAGGAAAAGAGUGUUCCAGGGCCCCAAGAAGGGAACUUCCUGGAGGGUCUGAAGUACGGAAAAGAGGCCAGUGUUGCUGGAACGGAUUGAGCAGUAGGGAGAUGGGACGGCUUGAGUGGCAGAGGCCCAAAUCAUUUAGUGCCUGUGGGCCAUUGAAAGGAACUUCAUCUUUUCUCGGAGUAUGAUGGGAAGCCACUGGAGGGUUUUGAGCAGAGGAGUAACAAGAUCUGUCUUGGAUUCUGAAAAGCUUACUCUGGCUUGCGAGAGAAUAUACCUUAGCGGGGCUAGGGUAGAAUUGGGGAGGCCAGUUAGGAGGCUGUUGCAAUUAUCUAGGUGAAAGGUGAAGGUGACUUGGACCAGAGAGGUGGUAGGAGAGUUGAGACAAGGGGUCAUGGUGGAUAUAUUUUGAAGGUAGAGGCACAUGGUUGGCUGUUGGGGUAGAUGUGGAGUGUGGAAAAAGAAGAGUCUUAAGAUGACUUUUAGGAUUUUUUCUUCUGAGGGGGUGGAGUUACCAUUUACUGAGAUGGGAAUGACUGAGGAGGAAGUUAGGAGAGAGGUAGUCAGGAGUUUAAUUUUGGAUGUGUUGAGCUUGAGAUACCUAUUUGACCAGUGUUGAGUGGGCAGUUGGGUAUAUGAGUUUGGAAUUCAGGGAAAGGAUAUGUGCUGGAGAUAAACAUUGGGAAUUGCCGGUGUGUAGAUCCUUCUAUAGCCAUGAGACUGUGAGAUCACCUAAGGGGAAGAGUUCCAAGAACUGAGUCCUGGGACAGUUCCACAUUUUGAGGUGUUGGAGGCAAGGAGAAACCAGCAAAAGAAACCAAGGAGAGUAGCCAGAGAGUUGAGGAAGAAAAUCAAGAGAGGAUGGUCUCUUGGAAGUCAAGAGAAAAAAAUUUCGAGGAGGAAGAAAUGAGCAGUGGGUCAAAAGAUACUGGUCAAGGAAGUGAAGACUAUUUUCUGUUGGAUUUAACAACUGUUAAAUCAUUGGUGAUCUUCACAAGAAUGGAGGGAGGCAAAGGCCCUAAUGGGUUGUGUUUAACAGAGAAUGGGAGGAGAGGAAUUAGAGAGAGGGAGUAUGGUUACCUCUUUCAGGGAGUUUUGCUAUAAAUGUGAGCCUAGACAGGGACAAUAACUAGAGAAGGAUAUGGAGUCAAGAGGGUUUUUUUUUUUAAUUAUUAUUUUUUAAGAUAGAAGGAACAAAAUGAUCCAAUAAUGAUGAGGGGAAAGUUGAUGCUCCAUGAGAGUAAAAGGAAAAGAGCUAGAGGAAUGUCCAGGAGAGGGUAAGAGAGGUGGGUACAAGAGGGAUGGUUAUUAAGACGUUGGGGCCCCAAGGACUAAACCUAUCAAGUGGGAUUCUGCUUUUUCUUCUAACCACUUAUCUGCAUUUAAAUUUAUUUCAAACUUACUUGCUUUCUGUUCGAAGUUAGGAAGGGUACAUAAAAAGCAGUAAAGCCAGUGGUGUAUAAAACUCAGUUUUGGGGCCUCUAUCAGCUUAGUGUAGUAGGGGAAGAGAAGAGAUUGAAUCUUCUGGGGGGCUAGAGAGCUGAAGGAGAGCCAGUUUCCCCAGAAUUGGACUUCUCAGAACCUUUAAUAUGCUAAUGUGCAUUGUGAAUCUCCAAGAGGGGGAUAUGAUAUGCAGCAUUCUUGAAUACUUCUAAUGACAGGGAGCCCACUACCUCAUAAGCUGCAGUGAGAAGAGGAGUUUGUUACUUUAAACAGAGGCUGAAGAAACUGUAGAAUUAGCAGAGAAAGUGGAGAAGGUAGAGGAUGGAGUUGCAGACUCUACAGGAGGCUCUUAAAGUGGAAAUUCAGGUUCACCAGAAACUGGUUGCUCAAAUGAAGCAGGAUCCACAGAAUGCUGACUUAAAGAAACAGCUUCAUGAACUCCAAGCCAAAAUCACAGCUUUGAGUGAGAAACAGAAAAGAGUAGUUGAACAGCUACGGAAGAACCUGAUAGUAAAGCAAGAACAACCGGACAAGUUCCAAAUACAGCCAUUGCCACAAUCUGAAAACAAACUACAAACAGCACAGCAGCAACCACUACAGCAACUACAACAGCAGCAGCAGUACCACCACCACCACGCCCAGCAGUCAGCUGCAGCCUCUCCCAACCUGACUGCUUCACAGAAGACUGUAACUACAGCUUCUAUGAUUACCACAAAGACACUACCUCUCGUCUUGAAAGCAGCAACUGCGACCAUGCCUGCCUCUGUGGUGGGCCAGAGACCUACCAUUGCUAUGGUGACCGCCAUCAACAGUCAGAAGGCUGUGCUCAGCACUGAUGUGCAGAACACACCAGUCAACCUCCAGACGUCUAGUAAGGUCACUGGGCCUGGGGCAGAGGCUGUCCAAAUUGUGGCAAAAAACACAGUCACUCUGCAGGUUCAGGCAACACCUCCUCAGCCCAUCAAAGUACCACAGUUUAUCCCCCCUCCUAGACUCACUCCACGUCCAAACUUUCUUCCACAGGUUCGACCCAAGCCUGUGGCCCAGAAUAACAUUCCUAUUGCCCCAGCACCACCUCCCAUGCUCGCAGCUCCUCAGCUUAUCCAGAGGCCCGUCAUGCUGACCAAGUUCACCCCCACAACCCUUCCCACAUCCCAGAAUUCCAUCCACCCCGUCCGCGUCGUCAAUGGGCAGACUGCAACCAUAGCCAAAACGUUCCCCAUGGCCCAGCUCACCAGCAUUGUGAUAGCUACUCCAGGGACCAGACUCGCUGGACCUCAAACUGUACAGCUUAGCAAGCCAAGCCUUGAAAAACAGACAGUUAAAUCUCACACAGAAACAGAUGAGAAACAAACAGAGAGCCGCACCAUCACCCCACCUGCUGCACCCAAACCAAAACGGGAGGAGAACCCUCAGAAACUCGCCUUCAUGGUGUCUCUAGGGUUGGUAACACAUGACCAUCUAGAAGAAAUCCAAAGCAAGAGGCAGGAGCGAAAAAGAAGAACAACAGCAAAUCCGGUCUACAGCGGAGCGGUCUUUGAGCCAGAGCGUAAGAAGAGUGCAGUCACAUACCUAAACAGCACAAUGCACCCUGGGACCCGGAAGAGAGGUCGUCCUCCAAAAUACAAUGCAGUGCUGGGGUUUGGAGCCCUUACCCCAACAUCCCCCCAAUCCAGUCAUCCUGACUCCCCUGAAAAUGAAAAGACAGAGACCACAUUCACUUUCCCUGCACCUGUUCAGCCUGUGUCCCUGCCCAGCCCCACCUCCACAGACGGUGAUAUUCAUGAGGAUUUUUGCAGCGUUUGCAGAAAAAGUGGCCAGUUACUGAUGUGCGACACGUGUUCCCGUGUAUAUCAUUUGGACUGCUUAGACCCCCCUCUGAAAACAAUUCCCAAGGGCAUGUGGAUCUGUCCCAGAUGUCAGGACCAGAUGCUGAAGAAGGAAGAAGCAAUUCCAUGGCCUGGAACUUUAGCAAUUGUUCAUUCCUAUAUUGCCUACAAAGCAGCAAAAGAAGAAGAGAAACAGAAGUUACUUAAAUGGAGUUCAGAUUUAAAACAAGAACGAGAACAGCUAGAGCAAAAGGUGAAACAGCUCAGCAAUUCCAUAAGUAAAUGCAUGGACAUGAAGAACGCCAUCCUGGCCCGGCAGAAGGAGAUGCACAGCUCCCUGGAGAAGGUAAAACAGCUGAUUCGCCUCAUCCACGGCAUUGACCUCUCCAAACCUGUAGACUCUGAGGCCACUGUGGGGGCCAUCUCUAACGGCCCAGACUGCACCCCCCCUGCCAAUGCCGCCACCUCCACGCCGGCCCCUUCCCCCUCCUCCCAGAGUUGCACAGCGAACUGUAACCAGGGGGAAGAGACUAAAUAACAGAGCCCCUCUAGGAGAAGCUACGGGAUCCCGGCGGCAAGGAGAGCAGAACACUGAAGACUCUAGAAAGCAAAGCCGGAUUUCUGGGAAGUGCAGAAUUCUUUUGGUUCUUUGGUUCCAGAGAGAGAGAAGAUGCUUGUGCCAGGUGGCACCAGAGUUUGCCAAUUGAUCCUUCUUAUUCUGUGUGUACAUGCAGAGAUUGGACCAUGUUACAUGAAAUAGUGCCAGCUGGAGGUUCUUUGCCAGCACCAUGCCAAGUGAAAUAAUAUAUUUACUCUCUCUAUUAUACACCAGUGUGUGCCUGCAGCAGCCUCCACAGCCACGAUGGGUUUGUUUCUGUUUUCUCGGGUGGGGAGCAGGGACGGGCGGAGGGAGGAGAGCAGGUUUCAGAUCCUUACUUGCCGAGCCGUUUGUUUAGGUAGAGAAGACAAGUCCAAAGAGUGUGUGGGCUUUCCUGUUUCUAAACUUUCGCUACUAUAAAACCAAAAAAAGGAAUUGAGAUUUAACCAACCCCAGUGCCCAGAAGAGGGAAGGGGAGUGGCUGGAGGGAGCAGGGGGUGGGACAGUGUAUCAAAUAAGCAGUAUUUAAUCACGUCUGGCGGGGGCCGCGUGCAAGGGGAGACCGACACCAAGAACAGCCAGUAGGCUCUUGUCCCCUGCGCUCUGCUCCCUGCGCGGUAACCCCACCACUCCUGAAGCCUGCCCAGUCUCCUUCCUUCCCUGCUUGGUGAAUCGCGCAUCUCCGUGGUAAUCCCGCUGUCUCCUCUCCAAGAACAAGCAGAGCCCGGGCCGCUGGCCCUUGCCCAAGGCAGGGAAGAAGGAUGUGUGUGUCCAGGAAGGAAAAAAAGGUGGAUCAGUGAUUUUACUUGAAAACAAGCUCCAUCCCUUUUCUAUAUUUAUAAGAAGAGAAGAUCUUGAGUGAAGCAGCACGCGACCCAGGUGUGUGUGAAUUGAAUGGAGACGUUUCUUUUCUCUUUUUUUAAAUUUUUGUUUUUGUUCUUUUUUUCUUUAAGGAAAGUUUUAUUUUACUGUUCAUUUUACUUUCUUGGUAACAAAAACUAAAGUAAGGAAUAGAAAAGCUGUUUUUCAGGCUGACAGUCCAAUUAAGGGUAGCCGAGACCUUGCAUGGUAGAGUAGGAAUCCUAGUGUCAGUGAGGUCCCGUGAGUCUUUGUGAGUCCUUGUGUCAUCGUUCGGGCACUGUUUUUUUAUGCAAGGGCAAAAAUCUUUGUAUCUGGGGAAAAAAAAACUUUUUUUUAAAUUAAAAAGGAAAAUAAAAGAUAUUGAGGUCUUCCUAGUGUUACUUAAAUUAAGAUCAAGCUAAGAAACAUUGUAAAAAAAAAAUUACAAAAGUGCUAUUUGUUUCCUAAAAACAGUGAUUUCUAUUAAAAAGGUGUCAGAACUGGAGAAAAUGCCGUGUAGUUAUAAUUUUUUAGCACAGACCCUGCUGAUCACGAUGACAUUUUGCCGUGUGUGUGUCCCUAGACUGGUGGGCCAGUCUCCUUGAAGGACAGAGGCGGAGCUCCCCACCCUUCUCUCCUCAGAAAAGACCGUGCUCUCUUCUUGGUGCAGGGAUCUUGUCUCCUGUUGUGAAGCCCAAAUGGAAGUGUGGAUGGUAUCAGGGCCCUACCCGUGGUCUUCUCAGAUUCUGCUAGAGCAAAAGGCUGGUGCCUAAAUAAGAUCCCUUCCUUUGGUGCUGCUUUUGGUCUUUCAGCCACCAGCAUUAUGAGUGCCUGGGGGACACCUCCGAGGGAACUGGCCAGCGGAGCUGAGUGGUGCGCGCGCACCCUGGCCGUGACAGGAGGGUGCGGGAGUGCAGGCUGGCUGCAUCAGCCCUUGGUGCUGAGAAAGAACAGAGGAGGAGUGACAUGUUUUGAGGGUACGUCUCUGAGACAGAGCCCCAGCGUGGCCUUCACUCUGUCUUGCCUUUGGGGAGGUCUGAAGCUCCCACUCCUUUCUCUGCCUGUUGGCUCCAGGCACCAGAAAUUUACUCCACUCCACCCACCCACAAGCCUCCUGGGUGACCCUGGGCUAGAAUUGCUGCGCUUGCCUCGGCUUGGCCCGUUGUGGCCUCUCGUUCUUGAGAAAACCAGGGUUGUGAAAGGCUCAGACCAUUCUCUCAUCUUGCCUUGUCAGAAGUAAAUUGUGUCAGAUGCGUGCUCUCGCUGGAGAACUUUGCCCCUUGCGUGCCCCUGGCCGAUGGGAGGGCGGUGGAGGCUCUGUACCCUGGCCCUGCUGAAGCAUCUCCCCCAAGCCCACUCCAGGCCCUGGGAAAGGCCAGAGUCUAGGAGAGGUAGAAACGAUCCUGUCAGCUUCUCUCCCACCCAGUUAGGCCCAGAGAGACAAAGACAGAUCUGAAAGCAAAUGCAACAGAGAAGAGACACUUCUUAAAGUAAAAUGUGUCUCAUCCCUAUCAGCCAUUGCCAUUCAUCUUCCCAAGGGCCUCAGAAGAAGGAAUUAAGUUUGGCCGAACAGGCCUCAGAGUUAGGCCCUGGCUGCUUGACUGGCUGAGGGGGAAAGAGUUCCCUGUUCUCAUUCAGAAACCAAGGUGCUGUGUCUAGUCAGGGAGUCUUGGAGAUGCCUGGACUAGUUGGAGGAAUCGUUGGCAGAGGAUCAGAGACCAGCAGCAGGCUGUCUGCCCUGUCUAGAGCUCUUCCCCUCAACUUGUCUGGGCCCAUCUGGGGGUUGCCACACAACACCUAACUUACCAUUUCCUGAAAGAAGUUGGGAAGCCAUCAUCACUAGAGGCCUUUGUUCAGAGAGGGGCUGCCUGAGGAGUCUCGGGUCGGGGGACGGGGCUAGGAAUUGACCAGGGCUUUGCCUGCCGCCCUCAGCAGUGUCGGGUACAUUCUGACCUCGCCUGCAGCUGGGCUGUGGAUUCUUCCUGACAUUCAGAUGUGAGCUGUUUUGGGAGUCAGCUAGUAUGGAGUACGAGAUGCAACCCAGCCUCCAAACCUACAUUCUGCACUCAAAUUCCAAAACACUGCUUUACUGUAAAGAAGAGGCCCCUGACACUCAAUCUCCCUGUCGUUCGCUGUCCCCUCAGACCUGGGGUGGGGGGGGACCUGUGACCACCUGAGACAUAUGUUCGUGACACUGCCCCACCCCAGCCACCUCCACUUGCUUCCUCCUCCUUCCCUCCGCUGCUCUUUCCCCAUGGCCCAGAAUUUAGCUGCUCUGACAGCCACUUUUGAGACCAGCUGGCUUUGCAGUCACUUCAGAGAGCUGGAGCGGCUGCCCACUGGGCCCUGACUGGGAGUCCCCUGCCAGCUCCUGAUCAGGCACUGCGCCCUGGUGACAGUGAGGCCAUGUUGCUGUCAUCUCCACCUCUGCAUUCUUGCUGCCUGCGGGUCCUUUUUCUUUCAUGGAGCCUGCUGGGUCUUGUCUCACCUGUGCUGAGCUCAUCUGGGGUUUUGAUUUCUUCCUUCCUUAUCAGGCCCUUUGGGGUAAGCCUGCUGGUUGUACCUGACAUAGGGAGGCAGUUAGGGGCAGUCCCUGGUGGGGCCGCCCUGGCAGCCUCCAGCUGGCACCAUCGCGUGCCUGGUUUCCCUGCAACACCUGCCUCUCUGUCCCUGCUGCUGCUUGGCUCAGGCCCAACAGUCAGCGUGCAUGGGGGUGGUUGCAUACAGCUGUUUCCGUGAGGGUGACCGUGUUCCGCCUCCCUAUGCACGGCUGCCUCUCUAGCCACCUCCGAUACUUCUCUCUUGGGGCCAUCAGAGCCUCCCUUGGGCUGUCACCUCCCAGCUCACACACACUCUUCAGUGGUUUUCUCCCUUCAUCCUCUUAUAGGGCGUGGUCCUUCUUAUUUAUCUAAAGGGCUGAAUUUAGGAGACUUUUUACCCAGGGGCAAAAGGUUCUUAGGGUAAUGAAUGGAUGGUGGCCCAGGUGCAUUUUCCAGGGCCUGGGUUCUCCAGAUCCCGUGGCUUCUGUUGACUGGAGGCAACUUUGUGUGAACCUCGCCCCUGUCCCUCUGCCGGGCACCCCUGGCAGGAAGCAGGACUCCCAUCCUCACCCUGACUUAAGACUGUCCUCUGAGUCAGCUCCUCUCCAAGACGGGAGUGGUCAGCCCUCGGCAGUCUUCUGGCCCCUUGCUAAAGUGAGGGGCAGGAAGCUGGGGCUGCCCUCCAGAAAGCCGGGGUAGGAACUCUGAAAAAUAGCUCCUCUAAACGGAAGCAGGGCUCCCCAGUUCCACUUGGCACCCCCUCCCACAAGGCCCUUCCUCCCUGAGGACCCCAGCCCCCUACCCCCUCCCCAGCAGCCUUUGGACCCUCACCUCUCUCAGGUGUCCAUGGGUCGUCAGCCCAGGGUGAGCUGCAGUCAGGUGGGAUGGGACGGGCAGGCCAGAGGUCAGCCAGCUCCUAGCAGAGAAGAGCCAGCCAGACCCCAACCCUGUCUCUUGUCCAUGCCCUUUGUGAUUUCAGUCUUGGUAGACUUGUAUUUGGAGUUUUGUGCUUCAAAGUUUUUGUUUUUGUUUGUUUGGUUUUUGUUUUGAGGGGGUGGGGGGGAUACAGAGCAGCUGAUCAAUUUGUAUUUAUUUAUUUUAACAUUUUACUAAAUAAAGCCAAAUAAAGCCUC